AUGACCGUGACAAUAAUUGAUCUGCCCGUGCUGGGUAGCUACCCAUCACUCAUUUGGAUCAUCCCAGCGGUGUUCCUCGCAUUCAAAAUCCUCACCUUUGGUAGUAGAGAGAAACAUCUUCCGCCCGGUCCACCAACUCUUCCCAUCCUUGGAAAUGCUCAUCUGAUUCCCUCGAAAGGCAUGUACAGCAAAUUCAAAGAAUGGGCCGAUCAGUAUGGAUCGAUCUACUCUCUCAAGGUCGGGCAAAGUACCAUGAUUGUGCUUAACGACAGACAUGCCGUUCACGAACUUUUGACAUCAAAAGGGGCCUAUUACAACGAUAGACCCAUUGAUCAGCAGUAUGACCUCACCAUGCGUCAAGAGAACACUGCUUUGAUGCAUGAUGGUCCUAAGUGGAGAGCACAACGGAAGAUUGCAGCCACAUACUUCUCUCCAAAGAAUCUCGACGGCACACUGAGGGAAGUACAAGAGUCUGAGAUUUCUGUCUUGAUGCACGAUCUACUGAAGAGGCCUGAUGGGUUUAUGGAGAGUGUGAAACGAACCACUGCUUCUAUCGCAACUGUCACAAUUUUCGGCCAGCGUGCUCCCAGUUGGGAGAGCUUCUGGUCAUAUGCAAGUUAUUCCACCUUGAAUCAGCCCGGCUCUUACCUACCUGUGGAGCAGUUCCCAAUUCUUCAAUGGAUCCCGGAUCGUUUAUCCAAGUCCAGGCAACAAGGGAAGGAAUUAUACCAUACUGUCACAAACAUCUGGACCAAGGCUCGCCAAGACGUGGAACUGCGGCGUAGCAAGGGUAUCAGGAGAGAAUCUCUCAUUGAUAAACUGUUCGACGAGGAGAUGAAGUGCGAUGUGCCACUCAGUGACACAGAAUUCAAUAAUUUCCUUGGGGGCCUACAGAUGGCAGCUGCCGAUACGACAGCCACGGCAACACUCAGCAACAUCAUGCUCCUUGCGAAGCACCCCGAGGCCCAGGAGAAAGCAAGAGUCGAACUCGACAGAGUCUGUGGUGUGGAGAGGUUUCCCAAUUGGACCGACUUCAAGGACUUGCCGUACAUUAAUUGUAUUGUAAAGGAGGGAUUACGGCUGAAACCAGUAGCACCUACCGGCAUACCUCAUGCAGCCAAGGAAGACCGAUGGUACGGUGACAUGUUCAUCCCAGCUGGCUCUUCCAUCUUCAUACCAGUAUACGCACUCAACCAUAAUAGCGACUCGUCGCUGGACCCUUUUACAUACAACCCGGACCGUUAUAUCCCAGUUGCCGAUAAACUCGCACCUGAACUCGCCGCUUCACCCAAGUACGAAGAGCGUGAUCACUACUCGUACGGUGCAGGGCGGCGUAUGUGCGUUGGUCUACAUCUUGCCGAGAGAUCCCAAUGGCGCAUGGUAGCUCAGAUACUCUGGGCGUUCAAGAUUGAGCCCGCAAUUGGGCCCGAUGGAAAGGAGGUUGAACUAGAUUCGAGCCCUGAAGGAUACGUGGAGGGGUUCUUGCACACUCCUAAGAAAUACAAGGUGAAGUUUGUGCCGAGAAGCAAGAAGCAUGUCGAGGUCAUCCAACAGAGUUUCGGCGCGGCUGCGGAGUUUCUGAAACAAUGGGAGUGA